AUGAACAACCUUGCGCAAUGCCAAAAAAAUGAGACCAAUUUAAAAGCUCUUGCGAAUAAUACUAGUGAUGCUACAGGUGAAGGAAAUCCAUCAAACACUGUGAAUUCAAUUACCUUUUAUAACGCGCCAUUUAACCCAUCAGUGGUCAAAGUAUCCAAUGGACAGCAAUUCACCAACUACGUUUUGCCGCCUCUCAGAUUUCAUGCGACAUUGCCCGCGAUUAAUUGCCCACCUACCCCAAUUAUUCGAUCAAUAAAAAAUUCGUAUAUCCAUUCGCAUCCGACUCAACAAAUUCAUCCACAAUCUCUUCCCGUUUCGCAAAUUCCAACAAAGGCACCUCAUGCUCACCUAUAUAAACCUCUUACUCUUGAUCCUUCCCCAUUAUUAUGUCGACCUAUAACGCUUCCACCGCCAAUUAUUCAGCCUCAUGAUAACGGCGCCAUUGUUCCGGAAAAGAAUCGAAUGCAAAAAGAAAAACAGGCUCUUAAAUUGGAGCGUAAUCGCAUAGCAGCCAAAGAAUGCCGGGAACGUCGAAAAGAAUAUAUUACGAGGCUAGAAGGCAGGGUGGAAAGAAUCGAGGAAGAAAAUGAAGUCUUGAAAAAAAAGAUUCAAGAGGCAAAGGUGAAAUUAGAAUUGUUUGAAAGAAAUACGCUCGGGCGUAAUGAAUUAGAGAUGAUUGUGCGAGAAUUACAAGAAAAAUUAGACUGCACUGAGAAUGCUUAG